AUCGAAAAGUGAAGUUUGAAUAAGUUGUCUCUGGUAAAGUUCUGCUGCGGCGUGGGCGCGGGGCGCACGGGAUGGAAAGAGCUGAAAAGGGGCGACCAAAGAUGUGAAGCCAAAAAUAUCUGCACUGUAAUAAGUUAUGAUGGCGAAUUUAAGUCUUCCUUGGGAUGCUCUUAAUUUGACCAUUGUCAUGGCUCACCGGGCUGAAAUUAUGGAAAACCCUUUUCAGGACUAUCUCAUAGGAAUCAUCAUCUCCAUAUGUGGCAACGUUCUCAUCAGCAUUUCCCUCAACAUACAGAAAUAUGCCCACGUCUGUCUGUCCCAGAGAGGCUCCAAGCCUUACUACACCUCUGUGAUUUGGUGGUGUGGUCUGCUUCUCAUGGGUGUUGGUGAACUGGGGAAUUUUGCUGCCUACGGCUUUGCCCCAGCAUCCCUCAUCGCCCCACUGGGCUGUGUGUCUGUCAUAGCCAGCGCUUUCAUCUCUGUGAUUUUCCUCAAGGAGAACUUUCGUGUCUCUGACGUUGUGGGUGUCACACUGGCAAUAACAGGAACCUACAUCUUGGUGACAUUUGCCCCCCACACGUCCACUCACAUUACAGCCCAACUGGUCCAGUACAAUGUCGUCAACUGGUACUUCCUGUUGUACCUUAUGAUCGAGGUCAUCGCCUUUUGCAUCCUGCUCUUCCUAUACUACAAGAAGAAUAUGAAGAAGAUUGCGAUUGUGAUGCUGCUCAUUGCACUGCUUGCCUCGCUUACAGUCAUCUCAGUGAAAGCUGUGUCGGGAAUGAUCACAGAGACGAUAAAAGGUCACCUGCAGCUCAUCUAUCCCAUCUUCUACGUUAUGUUCGUUAUCAUGGUGGCCUCCUGCGCCUUCCAGAUCAAGUUUCUCAAUCAGGCAAUGAAAAUGUUUGAUGCCACGGAGGUGGUUCCAAUCAACUUUGUGUUUUUUACUGCAAGUGCCAUUGUUGCAGGGAUAAUCUUUUACCAGGAAUUUGAGGAUUUGGAAUUACUGAAUAUUUUCAUGUUCCUUUUUGGGUGUCUGCUGUCCUUCCUGGGAGUUUUUCUGAUAGCCAGAAAUAGACCAAAAGCAAAGAAACAAGAUCGCAACUUUAUAGAAAUGGAUAUGGUACCUGGACAGAGUCGUACAAACAGAGUGCAGCCCGAGUCCAAAACGUCCGAAUCGUCGGCAGCCAAGUUCAUGUGUAACAGAGGUGACCAAAUAGAAGAUUCUUAAGACCCGUCCCAUCUGUUCAGACUGAGGAAGUCUGUGAACACAUGCCUCCUGCUGGCCCAAAUGUGAAUGGGCAACACAUUUGAAAACAUUCUCUGGGCUAGCUUUACAUGCAGAUAAGAAAAAUAGUCGACUUCUCCCGAGUGUUAUGGCACUAUUAAUUAACAACUCCCAAAACCGGAACUUCAUGUGAUCUGAUGUCAACUUGUCCAGAGAAACACUUUGGCCAGAUAUGAACCAAUAAGUCCAUCAAUGUGUGAUGUACAUAAUUUGAAACAAAAUGUAAAGUGAUGUGCUAUGUGUUUGGUGCAUAUGUCAGUGUCGGUGGUUUGACUUAACUAAACAUGCUAAUGAAACUUUUUGCCAUAUGAAAAACAUAUCAAGCACUACACCUCAAAUAAACCACAUGAAGACCUGAAUCUAAAGUUAAGGGUUGCUAAGCAACCAAACCCUUACUUUCCUCUUACCACCCACACAUUAUGGGAUGUGUAUACAAGAUUUGAUGUUUAAGUAGGAGUGUGCCUUCUCUCACAAUUGCCUGUGUUGUGUCCUAUUGUGUGAGUGGUAAGUUUUUGUUCCCACUGGUGAAUGUGAUACACGUAGGCUAAGUUGUCAGUACCCUUCUGUUGAAGAAAGAAAACUUGACAAUAACACAAAAUGGUAAAUCAAAUACUGUAAUUUGGAACACUGGGUGAUUUAAUGAAUACAAUUUUACUGAAAUUGAAUUAAAGUGUGCCACUGAGUUAUAGGCCAACAGAAUUAUAAAGACAUGACCUGGAUGAAAAUGAUGGUACAUUUAUUUUGUUGUUCAGUGGUCUUACGCAAUCAAUGAUUUCUGUGAUUCUCAGUGGAACUAAUUCACCUGUCGACACGUAAUUUGGACCACAGUUUAUAUCGUACGUGUUUUAGCGAUGGGUUUUGUGUCUUUCUCCUGACCUGCAACUGGGACCAAGCUUUCUGCUAUACGUAUCCCUCCAGAAUGUUUUCAUCGUCUUCACUACACAGAUUUAAGACCUCCUGUUUCCAUGCAACACUUAGAUCACAUAUGUGUCCUUUAUUUACUUGAACUCAAAACAUUUAAUGCAGUGGCAUUUUAUUUUCAACAAACUUCAUAUAAAUGCUGCAUGUAAUGUACAUAUACAUUUCAAUAACCAGAUAAGGGGGGAGGAAAGUUUAUCUACAUUUUUAGUUUAAGUACAUGAUCAGUUGAUAAGUAUUUGUUUAACAUAUCUAAAAUGUAAUUUAUACCUGCAGAUAGUUUAUUUUACAUCCUGCACAAAUUAAAGAUGGCUCAUGGUUUGAGAUCAUUGUGCAAAAAAAAAUAAAAGCUGCAACUUCUUUGUCUA